UCAAAAAAAAAGAUGUGUGGGAAAUUAAACAUCAUUCCCCCUCUCUCGGUAAAAACGAAUUUUUAAAACAAAAGUGGAUCUGUGUAAAUGGCAGAAGAGUUCCAGCAUUUUUCCCAUGGAUGCGCGUUGACUUCACCAAAGAUCAUCGCAUAUGGCAUCUGCAACAUUUGCAACAAAGACAAACCUGUCCAGUUUUGUUGUAAUCUUUGUAAGUUCGAUCUAUGCAAAGCCUGCUCCAAGCUACCGCACAAGGUGUGGCACGAUUUCCAUUCGGACCACUCUCUCGAGUUCUGUCUACGCCAAUAUGAUCAGAAAGCUGCACACAUCGUUUGUUCAGCGUGUGGCAACAUGUCUUCUGGCUCUUUCUACAAGUGUAAAGAGUGUGAGACGUAUUUGGAUUUGGAUUGUGCUCUCAUGGAGAACAUCUUCAGAGGCUGGGAUGUCAAAGAAAUGCUUCAUUACAGCCAUCUUCAUAUGCUCAGAAGAAGUAGACCAGGACCCGAUGUGGAAGGCUCAUCUUGUCUUCUGUGUGAUCUUCCUCUCUCUCCUUCCACAAUAUGUUUUGGCUGUGUUCAUUGUUACUUGUUCUUUCACGAAAGCUGCCUUGAUUGCCCGACUGAGAUUCGUCAUCAUCCAGUGCAUCCGAAACACUCUCUCAGACGCAUUGAUUACAAACAAAACUGUGGUGGUGGUAGGAAGUGUAAUGCCUGCGGAGACAACAUAGUAAAUGGACCGUUUGGUUGUCUAGAAUGCGGUUUUGAUCUUCACCUGAGGUGUGCAGAUUCCUUGUUGAGAGGUCUACUACAUAAGUCUCAUCGACAUAGGUUGUUCUAUGUUGCUACUAAAGCUCGUCUUACUUUUAGUAGAGGAACUCCAUGUCAGAUAUGCAGUGGAUCUUCUAUGCUCUCUCUAGAUUGCUUUUAUCAAUGCGUGGAAUGUGACUUGUACUUUCAUUUUGAGUGUCUUGGAAUUCCUGAGUCUGUGGUCAGGAAAUCGUUUCACGCUCAUCCACUAGUUUGUACAGUAUUCAAAGCCCACGACGAUUCUUUGGACUACUGCGGCGUCUGUGAGACAGUGGUUCAUGCAGGACAUCAUGUUUAUAACUGUGAGAAAUGUGAUUUUCUUGGCCAUAUUGAAUGCAUUCUACGCAAGGAAGCACCUUCGCCAUUGUAUGUGAAAGAGUUGUAUUCAUGUGCUGAAGAUGCCACAAGAGAAGCAGAUAAAGGAGAUUGUGAAAGCAAUGAACUACAACUAGUGGUUAAUGAUAUCGAUCACAGGCAUGUAAUGAGACCGGACCAUGUGAGUGAGCUUGAAGAUCUAUAUUGCAGCAUGUGUGAUGGAGAAAUACUUGGUAGCCCAUAUAAAUGCGAGAGUUGCAGCUUCCAGACGCAUAAUUUUUGUGCAGAGCUAGGGAAACCAUCGAUACAACGACGUCAUUGCAACCACCCUUCGACACUAAUGCCGGAGCCUGAUGCACGUGCUGUUACAAAAUGUGACAUUUGCAAAAAAAAAGUAACUGGGUUCAAUCUCUUAUGUCGCAUAUGCAACCGGGUCAUCGACAUUAGUUGCGCUUUGAAAGCUAAGCAAUCGCUUGGGGAGUUAGGGAGAAAGGUCACUGGAACAUGGGUAGGACGUUGCAUGAACAAGCAUAACUUCGUUCAGGUUAUGGUCUCUAUGUCACAUCCGACUGCUUGUGCUAUUUGUGAUGAGAAGAUGUAUGGAAAGGUCGUGUCAUGUUUAACAUGUGAAGAACUGUAUCAUUCUCGUUGUAUUGGAGCUCGUGAACAAGUACUACGCGAUCAUCCACUUCAUUAUGAUCACUGGCUUCGCUUUUCAAUUAUAGGUGGAUCUCAGUGCAUUGUCUGCAAACAUAAUGUUACAAAAUAUGGCUUUACUUGUAGCACUUGCGAGCUUUGCUUCCAUGUGAAAUGCACUGAAGCGGCGGACACAUCAAUAACGAUCGAGUUUCACGAUCACUAUCUCUAUAACUUCUGGAUCGAUGAGCCGCAGUUGAGUCGGGCAUGCAAUGUUUGUGCAAGACCGUGUGAUGGAUCAUUCUACGGAUGUAUCGUUUGUAAUUUCAGUGCACAUGUACAAUGUAUUGGGUUUCCAAGUGAUGUGAAGAGCCAACGACAUGAACAUAUUGUGAUCCUAAUAUUUGUUCGUGGCUCUGUAACAUGUUCUCUAUGUGGAUUCCAAGGCUCUGGUGACAUAUACAGAUGCAACUACUGCCAUGAAUUCUUUCACACCAAAUGCAUGAUGUCAAUGGAUGACCGUGAAGCUGCAACAGAAGAGGAACAACUUAAAGAAAUCUAUUUUAUGCACUUCGAUGGUGCUCUCUUCAACAACCAUCUUAGAUACAAUGACUCCAAGUGGUCAUCUGAGACAAUCUGGAGAUAUGGGCAGGGUCGAUGAACAUGUUAUUGGUUUAUCAAGCAGUCUGACUGCUAUUUCCCUUUCUUUUGUGUUGUAACUCGAGGUCCUCCCAUUUUCUUCUUAUCAUGAUUAGGAUUUUAUUUGGUGAACUGUUUUUUUAAAUGUGUUCAUCUCUCAAAAUGCUUAGUGGUGAUUUUGUUUGAUAGCUCUCCAGUGAUAAAUUUUACGAACAAUUUUCAAUUUGAUGCCGCAAAAAUUUUACUUGUUGAACUAUAAAAUAACUACUAACAAACUUUGUUAAUGGAUUCCUUUUUUUUUUUACAUUUCAAUGCCCUCAACAGAGUCUGAUUAUUUGAUGAUGCUGGUUCUUGAAUGUAGCCUAAGGAAAUACCCAAUAUCGGAUCCUCACAAGAACAAUUGUAAACAACAA